AAAAAAACAAAAGAAACCUACCAGACAGAUGGCAGAAACUUUAGGAGCGGCCAACUCAACAAUCUGGUACAUUCUUAAAAAGAAGGAAUGCACUGGAGAACUCAUCAACAAGAAGCGGCCUGGAAGACCACGGCAGACAACUAAAGUGGAUGAUCAAAGAACUCUCUCCCUGGUGAAGAAAACCCCUUCAUGACAUCUAGCCAGCUCAGGAACACUCUCGAGGAGGUAGGUGUCAUAGUCUACAGUCAGGAGAUGUCUUCAUGAAUGUAAAUGCAGAGGGUUUACCACAAGACACAAACCACUGUUAACACUCAAGAACAGAAAGGCCAGAUUAGACUUUGCCAGAAAACAUAUAAAAAAGCCUGUUCAGUUCUGGAACAAGAUGAAAACCAAUAUUAACUUGCACCAGAAUGAUGGGAAGAGAAGAGUUUGGAGAAGGAAAGGAACGGCUCAUGAUCCAAAGCACCACAUCAUCAGUCGAACACGGUAGAGGCAGUGUUAUGACAUGGACAUGUAUCGCUGCCAAUGGAAGUGGGUCACUGGUGUUUAUUGAUGAUGUGACUGCUGACAGAAGUAGCGGGAUGAUUUGUGAAGUGUGAAGGGCUGUACUAUCUGCUCAGAUUCAGCCAAAUUCUGCAACGCUGAUAGGACGGUGAUUCACAGUACAGAUACAGAUGGACAACGACCCAAAACAUACUGUGAAAGCUUCUCAAGGCAUAUAAAUGGAAUAUUGUGCAAUGUCCAAGUCAGCCACCUGACCUCAACCCCAUUGAGCAUGCUUUUCAUUUAGUGAAGACAAAACUGAGGGCGGAAAGACCCACAGACGAGCAGCACCUGAAGGCAUCUGCAGUAAAGGCCUGGCAAAGCAUUUCAAGGGAGCAUUUGGUGAUGCCCAUAGGUUCCAGACUUCAGGAAGUCAUUGGGUGCAAAGGAUUUUCAUCCAGGGUUUCAGCAGCAUUGGUUCAUACAGCUGGACUGGAGCUCAACUGGCAACCAGGGGGAAAUAACACCUGUUAAGUGUGGCGUUCAGUGGCAGCAGGAUAUUUUCCUCAUCUGUCGCAGCAGUGUGUUUGGCCUCAAAGGUCAGCCUUUGCGGAGACAAAGGCUAGGAGUGGCCCAAAGGAGUAUCACCUUUACACCUUGAUGGGGUUAAAGCCUGAUCUAUUAAAUUGCAGCUCAUAUUCUCUGUGGGCUGCUGCCAAGGAAAGCCAAGAUGCUACAUCCCCCCCUUUGUAAUGUGAAGAUGUUGUGGUUUCCCGUCCAGCUUGUCCUCCCUGCACAGUAUCUUUCCAGACGCUCUCUGGCCCGGGGACGUUUCUGUUUAAAACCAUUAUCUGACUGGAGCUCGUCCAUCUCCACCGGCACCAGCUGCUCCAAACUAUCCGUGAAGGAGUCUUCCGUGUUUGGCUAACAAAACGGGGUACCUGCACCUUGAUGGGUGUGGAGCUGGGCUGUAAAUAGGAGGAAGUUUCCAGAUUUCACCUGCGAUAGUCAACGACACUUAUGAUCAAAUGUCUCAUGAGUGGCUCAUCUACGCCAUCACCAUACCGCUGUCGACCUCCGUCAUCCUGGCCAACCUCCUCAUCAUCCUAGGCAUCGCCUGGAACCGCCAGCUGCACAACACGCCCAACUACUUCUUCCUCAGCCUGUUAGUGGCUGAUAUGUGCACGGGCGUGACGCUGCCCUUCAUUCCAUUAAUGGGCCUGAACCGGGAGUUAAGCUUUAGCUCCUGUUUGGUGGCUCACAUUUUCCCAAACUUCCUCUUCUUGGCGUUCCUUUUCAACCUGGUAAUGGUCCACUAUGAGCGCUACAUUUACAUUGUCAACCCCUUGCAUUACAAUAACUUGUGGAUGCAUCGCAGUUUUCCUCUAAUACUACUUGUGGUGUGGGUGCCGCCACUCUUGUACGCAUGUCUACCUGCUUUUGGGUGGAAUAACUGGACAGGACCAGAUUGGAACAGCUGUUGUUAUGAAAGAAGCCAAACGAUUCCUCCACUUUCAAACUGUUCAACAAAUGGAACCACCUGCUGCUCCUAUCGGCGAGUAUUCCCCAAUGCUUUUAUCUUCCUGGAGGUCUAUGGACUCGUGCUACCUGCUAUUCUUACCAUCGCUGGCAUGACUGGCCGUGUCCUGUGGAUCACCCGAGGCCAGAUGAAGGACAUUUGUCGUCUCCAUCGUUCGGUGGAACGGGGAAGUCAGGCCUCAGACCAGGAGCAGAGGCUGAACCUGCGGUACACUCGCUGCGUGGUGGCCGUGUCGCUGACUUUUCUCGCAUGCUGGGUUCCCUACCUCAUUUACAUGCACGUCUGCAUAGCGUUCUUGAUCAGUGACACCAAGCGGAACGCCACCAUUCACAUUGUGCUGUCUUGCACUGGUAUCGGAAGCAUGGCUGUGGUGCCGCUGGUGCUCGGCCUAGCCAACAAGCAGUAUACAGAGCCGGCGCUCAAACCUCUCCAGAAACUCCGAGACAGGUGGAGGCGAAGGACUCCUCUGACGCCUCCGAAGGAUUAGAGGAGGUGGCAGUCUGAGAAAAUACUGAAGAAUCGCAAUAUUUAUGAGGAUGAAUCCGCAAGAAAUUAUGUUGCUGGGGUUCAUGAACCGCAUGUGCACAGUUUAUUAAUCAAGGCAAACGUGGGGCGUUGCGUUACAACAGAAAAAGACAUUUGCAUUGUUUCUUUCAGUUUAUUUAUCAGUCUUCUUAAAAAUUGGCCGCUUGUUGUUUUACCACCCCCACACUGAGUUUGGAAAUAUCUUUUCUGUCGGUAGCUCCCCACUGCUGAAGGUUUACCCUGUCAUUUUCAUAGUGCAGCUGACAACAUUACUGUGUCAGGAGACAUAAAUGAAUAUGUAAGGGAGUUCUGUUUUCAGGACAAAAAGUCACACUGAGCUGAUUUUAAGAAGGUGGAACAACAAGCAAAUAAAAUUAAAUUAUUAAAUAAAACUACCCUUGUAUCAGUGCUUUACAUCCUAUAAAUAUAACUCAAUAACGCAAAGCAUAGCCUCCUUUUUCUUUGUGUUGCCUGCGCUGAACAUCAGUAUAACCUGUCGUAGAUUUCCAUG